CGUCGAGAUGGAGAACGUGCGCUUUUCUAUCAUUGAAAACGACCUGAAGUGGAACUCGGAAAGUGACCAGACGGCCGAUGUGGACCUGCUCCUGGACAGGCGGAGCAUCUCCAGCGAGGCCAACAGCGCCGGGGUCUUUAGCGAUGAGGCCCACGAGAUCUUUGCGCGCCAGCAGCAAAACCAGGUACUCUGGGAGUUCGAGGAGAUCGAGGACACCAUCACAGCGGCGCCGGGCGGCAAGCAGGUGAUGGAAAUGGUGCGAUCUGGCUGUUUCCUAGAACUGAUUCCUGACUCGGGGGACUCCAAUCUGGCCCUGAUUUGCUGCUCGGCGUUCGGGAGUGUGGAGAACAUUAAUUUUCUGCUAAAGCACUACAAUGCGGACCCAAACGUUGCAGAUAGUAGGGGACGUACCCCCCUGCACUUCGCCUGCUGCCGCGCCAACGCCCCCAUUGCCAAAGUUCUGCUGGACUACGGCGCCGAUCCGAAUCGCUGGGAUGCCAAGAAGGAGGUGACGUCGCUGCACUGCGCGGCCAGCUCCAAGAGCGUCGAGUGCAUCCUCCUGCUGCUGCGGCGCAAGGCAAACAUCAAUAUCGGCAUCGAGAAGCGUUCCGCUCUGCACUACGCCAUCGACGUCAACGCAGUCGACUGCGUUGAGAUCCUGCUCAAGUACGGGGCCGAUCCGAACACGCCCCAGGUGUACACGGAGACGCCGCUCCACACCGCAAGCUCGGCGGGAUUCGCCCAGUGCGUCCAGCUGCUCCUCAGCCACAACGCGGACGUGCGAUCGCAGUUCGGCGAGGGAAAGGUGACGGCUUUGCACUUGGCCGCGGAGAACGACUACGUGGAGUGUGCUCGGCUGCUCCUGGAACACGGUGCCGAGGUGGACUGCCGGAACGCCAGUCACCAAACGCCCCUGCACCUGGCCUGCCUUUCGCAGUCGAUCGGGACCGUGGACAUACUCAUAUCCUAUGGAGCCAAUGUGAACGCCGUCUACCGGGACGGGAGAACGGCCUUGCAUGCAGCGAUCGUAAAGCAGUCGAGGUGCCUGGACUGCUGCAAUGCCCUGCUUAAAGCGGGUGCGGAUGUGAACAAGGCAGACAACUAUGGGUAUACUCCGCUCCACAUUGCAGCACUAAAUGAAUUCAGCAGCUGUGUGUACACGUUCAUAGAAAAUGGUGCGGAUAUCACCGCUAGGACCGACGGACGUGUCUCGGCUCUGUCGUUUAUAGUGCGGCGCACACCCGAGAUAAUACCCAAGCUAAUGCACAAACUGGACAGUUCGAUAAAGGCGAACGAUCAGGAAAUCGGCGACGUCGACUGUCAGAUAAAACUGGACUUUAGGCUCCUGGUGCCCAGUUCCUCCAUGGAGCGUGGCGAAACGGAGCUGCUACUCUCCCUAAUUGAAGUGGGGCAGAAGCGCAUUCUCAUGCACCCGCUUUGCGAGACUUUCCUGUUCCUCAAGUGGCGCCGCAUCCGAAAGUUCUUCCUCAUGAGCCUGGCCUACCACACGCUCUUCGUGCUCCUCUUCACCUUCUUUGUGAUCCGCGUGUACGUGCGCAACUGCAAGGAGGGGGAGGUGUGCGUGGCUCCGGGCUACGUGUCCACCAUUGGUUACCUGGUUAUCAUUCUGAACCUCAUCCUGCUGGGCAAGGAAGUAUUCCAAAUGGCACACGGCCUGCGCGGCUAUGCCAAGUACUGGGAGAACUGGCUGCAGUGGACCAUCGUCUGCGGAGUGCUGCUAUGUGUCUCCCCGGAGACUGUGCGGACUGGAGACCUGACAGCGGUGCCUGUGUGGCAGCAUCAUGUGGCAGCCGUAGUCAUUUUGCUGGUCUGGCUGGAGCUAAUGAUGCUGGUGGGGCGAUUCCCCAUAUUUGGAGUAUACGUUCAAAUGUUCACAAAAGUGGCCAUGAACUUUGCGAAAUUCCUGCUGGCCUACAUAUGUCUACUGGUGGCCUUUGGACUCAGCUUUGCUGUGCUCUUCAACGAUUAUCCUGCAUUUGAGAACAUUACGUGGUCUUUCCUGAAGUCCAUCACAAUGAUGUCCGGCGAGCUGGAGUUUGAGGAUAUAUUUUAUGGGGACUACGCCGUCAAGUUUCCGGUCACCGCUCACAUCAUAUUUCUGUCCUUCGUGCUGCUCGUCACAGUGAUCCUAACUAAUCUGAUGGUCGGAUUGGCUGUCAGCGACAUCCAGGGCCUGCAAGUGAGCGCCACUCUAGAUCGACUGGUGCGCCAAGCGGAGCUGGUCUCGCGUCUGGAGAGCCUCUUCUUCUCGCGGCUGCUGCGCAGUGCGCCCACCAACUUGAUUCAGCUGUGCAAGCGGAGUGCCCUCCUGCGCACCUCCCGCGACAAACUUCAGUUCACCAUUCGGCCCAACGAUCCGCGCGACAAUCAGCUGCCCGAGGACAUCAAGCUAAAUGUCUACAAACUGGUCGCUGAGCGGCGCGACAGGAACCAGAGCCUGCGACGUCGCCAAUUCGAGAACAACUACAAUUUCUUCAGCCGCAGUCUGCAGCGUCAGCAGCAGGAACCAGGCAUCCAGAGGGACUCCCUUCAGCCAGAACCGACUGUGCUGAACCCGAAAAAGAAAACACCACAGAAUAUCUUUCAAAUGCACGAGCUGCUGCGUCCCCGAUCCGCCACAAAUGUGCCGCAGCAAUUGCGGCAGGAGCAGCAGCAGCAGGAGGUGGGAACGGUGCAGCUAAAGAACCAGGCGAAUGUCCUGAGCGCCUUGCAGUCGGAGAUACAGACCAUCAAGACGCAACUGGGUGAACUGGUGGCCAAAUUCGAACGCUUCUCGGAGAAUGCAACCCGCAAGCUGAACUACAGUGCCGACGAACUGUGCCGCCUGCGCCUACAAGAUAAGUCGGUAGCCUCCGCCAGUCAUAACCAUCGUCACCAUCAUCGCUAA